GAACAAGACAUGCGUGAAUACUAGUGUCGAUAUGCUCAUCACUGAUACUAUCUCUGUCGGGCACGAUGCCAGGUGAGACAGCGUGCUUUUUGGCCGCGCCCACCAGCGAGUUCGAGCCCGCGACUUGUGCCACCUUAAAUAAAUAAGUUAUAAUAUUUCGUGACUAAUUAAUCAGUCGAACCGCUGGCCACUCCCUUGCUAUUUUAAUUUAUAAAUCGUGCAUUUUUAAUUCUGAACCUCAGUCCACAGUUCUCCAACAGCAUACACAAAGGCGGUAGUGAAAGUAUCCACCGGAACCUAUAGGUGUAGGACGUGAGCGGCUCGCGGAGUAUCUUCGACAACAUUUACUCCGGAGAGUUACGCCCGUCCGGCACAAAUAUAAUAGCUAAAAAUACCGAGCUAAAAAGUGAUAUGGUUAAGUUGCAUACAGAAUAUACAUUUGUUUCAAAAGAAAGGGAUCAACUUCAGAGAACAGUCGAUGAGUUUGACCAAUGCAGCAAGGAAUAUGAGGAAUCCCUCAGAUUAAUUGCUGCAUUACAGUUACAGUUAAGUAAGGCUAAUGAGCAGAUUGUGCAAUUAAAACAUUACAUAGACAACAUGAAAGCGUCCCAAACUCAAAGUCUGUUCAACAAGCUCAUAGAAUGUGAAUCUUCUAAAGCAUUGCAACCCUCCACAACAAUUGAUUUGACUGGUGAUGAUUAUGUCACAUCAAGAACAGCGGCAAGGACUACCUGCAGUAGAAGAAAAUUAAAGAAAUAUAUAAAAAUUAAUAAAUGUAUUAGAAAACUGCAAAAAUUAAUUAAAACCAAAAUUAAUGUUAAAAAUUAUAUAAAUGUAUGCAAAGAAAAGCAAGAAUUAAUUAAUAAACUUAAAAUAUAUUCAAUUGAGGUGGAAAAUAUGAAUCACUGUUAUGAGACUGAUAUAGAGUGUCUAAAUUCAACAAUUUUAUCCCUUAAAAACUCCCUACAAAUUUUAUCAAAUAAAUAUGCAUCGGCUCAAGAUGAGAUAAAAGAACACAUAUUGGCCAUGAAUGAUCUGGUAAAAUCAUGUAAAUAUAAUGAGGAGCGCUUUGACUCCUUAAUAAAACAUCAGAGUGAGUGUCAGCGCUCCAUACCAGGUUCAUCGGGGACAAUAUGUGUAAAUAACAAAGUAAACAGUAAGGACUCAUUAUUUUCACCUACACUCUAUGACAGUGCCAUGGCAAAGGAUAUAAACUUAAAAAGCAAUGUAAAUAUUAAAAAAAAUUAAGUUAUUAUGUAUUGUGAUGACAUAGGCAAAAAUUUGGGCAUGAUGUUAAAUAACUGUUUAAAAGGACAUAUGAUCACUAAUUAUUGCAUGCCAGGAGCAACCCUUAGUCACAUAAUGAAUAAAGUUUUAGCUAGUAAAUUUUGCCCUAAUAACACAUUAAUAAUUCUUGUUGGGAGAAGAGGCAAUGUUAACAAAAAUCAAUUAUUAAAAUAUAUUGAUAAUCUAAAUACUUUAAAUGUACAUAAAAUUAUCUUGUUUACAUUGCCUUACAUAGAGGGUUGGCCGCAAGAAAAUAAAAUAAGAUAUGAUUUAAAUUUAUUAAUGAAUAACUUUUCAUGUAAUAAUAAUUUAAACUUGACAUUUAAUUGUUAUAAUUAUAAUAAUAAAUUUAAUUUAAUAGACAUAAAUAAUUUAAUUAAGAAAUUUUUGACUAGAGAUAGGUAUUACCUAUCUAAAUAUAUUUUAAGACAGAUAGCAAAUGUGCUAUCUUAUUGUUUAUAUAUUAACUCAGCCAAGGACUUGGCUAUAUAGACAUCUGCUCCUUUUGAGCAGUAUAAUGACUUAAUAUGUAAUUUGGAAUCAGUUCCAAGUAAUUUAAAUUAGAAAAUGAGAUAAUAGAGGUAAUCUCUAGCAGUUGUAAUAAUUUAAAUAAUUUAGAAUGUAGCUUACAAAUCUUUAAUUGUAUGACUCCACAGAGUAAUAAUGAAAAUUGUUUACACCUGGUGCAUCAAAAUAUACAAGGCAUGAUAGGCAAAGAGCUAGAAAUUGAGUUGUUCUUAAAUAGCAACAAUAUUCAUAUUUUAUGUAUUACUGAACAUUGGUUAAAAGCUUAUAACUUAAUGUUUAACUUCAGUAAUCACCAGGUGGUCAGUUCUUUCAAUAGAGAAACGGUUUUAAGAGGUGGCUCCUUAAUAUUAGCUAGUAAAUUAUUGUUAUGUAAAGAACGUAAAGAUAUUGUGAGCCUCUCUGUUGAGCGAACUGUAGAAAUGGCAUGUGUUGAGUUUGAGCACCUCAUUGUUGUGAGCGUCUACAGACCCCCAUGUUCUAUAUACGAUACUUUUGAAAAAAUCAUGGAGGAAGUUUUUGCUAAGCUUAAUAAACAGAAUAAAUCUGUUGUAAUAUGUGGAGACUUUAAUAUCAAUCUCCUAGAAGAUCAUUGUUUAAAUCAUAUGGUCUUUUUAAUUUAUUUUUAGAGCCAACGCGUAUUGCUCAAUCUAGUGCAACAUGUAUAGAUAACAUUUUUACAAAUGUGAAGCCGUUGCAUAAAUUUAUAAUUGAAAAAUUAAGUUCUGAUCACUGUGGACAGGUAGUUUCGUUACCUUAUGUUCACAAAAAGCAAGUAGAUGAGAAAGUUGUGUUUGUUCCAGUAAAUGCACGUCGCUUGGAGAAAUUUAGAAGUAACAUAGUGAAAAAACUUCCAUCACUUUCAUACCAAAAUGAUCCAAAUUUUUUGUAUGGAACAUUAUUUAAGCUUAUUUGCAAUGAAUUUAAUAAUACUUUUACUUCUAAAACAUUCUCCUUGAACAGUCGGAAGUCAUUCAAUGAAUGGGCGACAGUAGGAGUCCAUAAGAGCAGGCAUAGGUUAUAUGAUCUUUACCAUGAAAGGUCAUACAAUCAUAGCGUCGAAUUUAGGGAAUAUGUAAAAAAUUAUUCAAAAAUAUUUAAAAGAGUGUGCUCCAUAGCCAAGUCUUUGCAUUUGAGCAACAAAAUUAAGACGGCUUCUAAUAAAAUUAAAAUGACAUGGAGUAUAAUUAAUAGCGAAACUGGUAAGAUCAACUCUCGCAAUUCAAAUUACCAGUUAAGUGUUAACAACAAAUUAACUGUAUCAGAUCAGGACGUAGCAAUGACUUUUGAGUAAUAUUUUAGUGAUAUUCCGAUCUUGACCACUAAGUCACUGAAUUCUUCUCCUGCCGUCGCCGAAUCAUUACUUAAACAAAAUGUAAAUGCGUGUACAAAGAAUUUUACAUUUCAUAAAGUGUCAUCAAAAGAUAUUGUAAAAUAUUUUAAAACUAUUGAUGUUAAGAAAACUGCGGAUCUGUGGGGGAUUUCCGUUAAAGUUAUUGCGUCUAUAAUAGAUAAAAUCGCGCCUCAUUUAGCUAUUAUUUUUAAUACUAGUAUCGAAUCUGGUGUGUUUCCUGAUUUAAUGAAGCAUAGUAAAGUAAUACCUUUAUUUAAAUCUGGUAGUACAUUAGACCCCGCCAAUUUUAGUACCUAUUUCUGUACUACCAACACUUAGUAAGAUUUUUGAAAAAAUUGUUCUUGAUCAAAUGUUACAUUUUUUUAAUAUAAAUAAUUUACUUCAUAAAAAUCAAUUUCACAAGGGGUCGCUCGACAACUGAUGCCGGUGUUGAGCUGAUUAAAUAUAUCUUUAAUGCAUGGGAGAAUUCACAGGAUGCUUUGGGUAUAUUUUGUGACCUAUCCAAGGCCUUCGAUUGUGUUCACCAUGAAACAUUAAUCAGGAAACUUCAACACUACGGUGUAAGAAGUGAUGCUCUUAAAUUAAUUAUUUCAUAUUUAAGUAAGAGAACGCAAAAAGUUGUCAUUAACAAUAUGAGCUCUUCCGGAUCGAUGGUACAAAUGAGCGUGCCUCAAGGCUCAAUUCUCGGCCCCUUUCUGUUUCUUGUAUACAUUAAUGACUUACCUUACAUAGUAGGGGAUAACCAUGAUAUAGUAUUAUUUGCAGAUGACACUUCUUUCAUUUUCAAAUUAAAUCGACAAUUACUAAAAUAUAACGAAGUAAAUAAUGCUAUAUCUAAAUUAGUAAAUUGGUUCAAUGUUAAUAAUUUGCAUUUAAAUGGCACUAAAACGAAAUGUAUGAAAUUUAUGACUCCAAAUGUCAAACAAUUAAAUACUAAUGUAAUUUUAAAUGGGGAGAAACUGAGUCUUGUAAAUACCACCAUUUUUCUUGGAAUCACACUAGACGCGAAGCUUCAAUGGAGCCCUCAUAUAUCAAAACUAGCAAGCAGACUUAGUUCUGCAGCAUAUGCCGUAAAAAAGAUUAGAAGUCUAACUAGUGUUGAAACAGCUAGACUAGUUUACUUUAGCUAUUUCCAUAGCAUAAUGUCGUAUGGUAUUUUGCUAUGGGGACACGCAGCUGACACUGAAAUUAUAUUUGUUUUACAGAAGAGGGCCAUAAGAGCAAUUUAUGAUUUAAAGCCUAAAGAGUCGCUGCGAUAAAAAUUUAAGGAAAUUAAUAUAUUACCUUUGGCCUCUCAAUACAUUUAUGAAAAUGUAAUGUACGUACACAAAAAUAAAAGUAGUUUUACAAAAAUAAGUGAUAUUCAUUCUGUAAAUACUAGGAACAGACACAAGCUAGUAGUACCAGUUACUCGACUCCAUCGAGUCAGUAAUUCAUUCUUGGGGCGAUGUAUACGCUUUUACAACAAAAUUCCAGAAAAUAUACAAAAUUUGACCUGCUCAAAGUUCAAAAACUUUAUUAAACUAAGUUUGUAUAAAAAGGGUUAUUAUAAUAUUAAUGAAUUUAUAGAUGAUAAUAACCCCUGGAAAUGAGGUGAUCGCUACCAAGCUAUUUCUAAUUUAUUGUGUUGUUAAUUUGUGUAACAUACAGUCAUGAUUGUAAGCUGUUAUUUAAAAAAAAAAAGUCCCGCUGGGUUUUUUUGCUGGUUCUUCCCAGGACAGAGGUUUUUUUUUCGAAUCAGUGGUAAUCAUACAAAAGAGUGACUUUCAAUAAGUAUUAUUUAUAAUCUAUAUUGAAUAAAAAAGUUUCUGUUUCUGUUUCUGUCAGGCAGAAGGCGGCUACCAGUUAAAAUGUUCGAAUCUUCUCGAAAUUACUUGGACCUUGCAGAACAAGUCGUCACCCAUUGCCCCAUUUCAUCACCGCAUGAAGUUCGAUUUGGAGUAUAUGGAUGAAUCGUAUAUUAAAGUAGUAACUCAAGCACACAAACAACUGUCUGAUCCAAUGCUUGACACAGAUGAGAGGACGUUAUUAUUGGCUAAAAUCAUCAGCACAUGCUUAGAAGCCCAGGGGCUGAAUCACAAUGUACAAGAGAGCACAGAAUCCGAGUCCGAGACAGUGAGGAUACAAAAAAGACGCACAAAUUUAGACAAAGAACAGGAAAUGCCGUUAUCAAAGAAGAAGAAAGAGAAUUGUGAAGUGAUGGCACCACCGAAAGCGCUUCCCAAGAAGAUAAAGCCUAAAGGCAAAGAAAAUGUAGUGGAAAAUAACAAGACUGGCAAAACCGUGAAAAGUGCGAACAAGAUUGGCGAUGGUGAUAACAUCGAAGGAAAGAAACCGAGCAAUGAUAUUCCUGAGAAAAUACUAGAACCUGAAAAUAUAGUUAGUCACAAGAGAACUGCGGAUGGAACAAAACAUGAGAAUAUCAAUAAUAAUAACAAAGAAAUCGAGCAUAAAACGAUAAAGUCAGAUAAUUUAACUAAAGACAGAGAGUUUAAAGUAACCAAUAAUGAAAAUGUGAAAAGGCUAAUAAAAUGGUGAAAGAUAAUAAUAAUAUCAACGGU